AUUCUAUUCUAUUCUAUUUCUCAGCUUAGGAAGUGUCAUCCAAAACUAGAUAGGUUAAAAAGAGAAAACAAAAAUAACUUAAUUUCAAAUAGAACUAUGAGUCCUUUUUUCAGGGUUCCUUUGUUGACUGCAGCACGCAAUAAUCUUCCAGAUCUCACUUACAUGUGAGAACCCAUUUAGAAGUGCAUCUCCCAGCAGAGCUGGAACUAGUUCUGCGUGUAGCUGUAUCCAUAUGGCCAGACUGAGCCUGCAGAUGAGAAGUGUGAGUCAUGUAAAGCAGUUCACAAUGUCAUUUUCUAGGUUCACUGAUUUUAAGCAUGUGCAGCGCCAUUACCGAUUACUGGGAGCAUUUCAGGGUAUAAUACAAACUAGAAGGAUUUUAAGUAACAAUACUAGGCCCUGUUAAAAGGUUUUUUGUCCCCUGAAUAACUAAACGACAGGCAAGAAAGGUAAGAAGAAUAAGACAGAAAUAUUUCUCCAACUCCAGAAUUAGAGGCCUACUAACAGGGGCUCCAGGACCAAAGGGAAAGCAGCCCAAGCCUCAGCAAAGCUCUCCAAGAGCAGUAACGCUGUGCAGAAUGAAAACCCAUUGGCACCUCCAGCAUUAGUCUAUCAUCUAACCACUGAAAGGAAGAGUUUCCCCUUAAGUGGGUCCUGGACAAACACAAUCACACGUUACAGUUCCACCACUCCCCAAGUUACGAGAUACGGGCUCCGCCAUCGGGACUGGGCAGGUGCUCACCACCAAGGUUAUAAACAGACCAAAAGUGACAUCUUCCACAAGACACUGCUCCUAAGGAAUUUUUGUAGGCCAGAUAUGCUGACUGGGUACCAUCAGAGGGACUGCAAGUUGCAGUUUGGGCUGUAUCCAGUCUGACAGCAGAGGAGGAGGCAGCCGUUCCCGUCCAUGCUUCAGACAGUGUCCCCCAAAAUCCCCCAGGGCUCCGUGGCUGCUCUGGCCCAGGAUUCUCCGUGAGGUCAACCCACAAGUGGAGCCUACACUCUGAUCUUAUCACUUCUCUUGACUGUCCCCUAUCCUGUUUUCCCUACAGCUUUUCACAGAUUUUAGGGAGGGCUGUUGAGCAUGACCUAAACACUCUGGACAUUCUUUCACCGUUUUGCCCCCCGUUGUGGGUCCCUCACAGCCGCCGGGCACGGGGCCAGCAGCCCGUGGGGGAUGUCCACACUGGGCGAGUCUGGCAUUUCAAGUGUAGCAAGCAUCUUCUCACCACCAUUCUUUCCUUUUCCAACACAUUUUAAGAGAGAUCUUUACUGUAAAGUUACAAGCAAAUUACCUUUAGUGGUACAGAGAAAAGAAUCCCAGUCCUGUGCUCUACUGGGUGGUACGAUGGGCAGUGCACAGAGCCCCACGGUCUGGAGAGAAACGAUUCCAUUUGUAGGUCCCUACACAAAUAAUGGUAAAGGAUAUGAAGAGAUUGAAAUGCUACUUCAUUUUCUUCUGUUUCACCUCUUCCUGUUUUCUGAAGGUUGUUACCGUGACACCAAUGUAAAAAAAAAAAGAAAAAACAACUUCCUACUUCUAAUCUGUUUCAAGUCUUUGUCCUCGUUUUUCUCUGUUUGCACCAAGUACAGACAGAAAUGAGGCUUCUCUGGCUGCAAUGCCUGGCUCCAUGAAAGGUAUGUACCAAAAUUAUUGACAGACUAAUGAGGAUUCCACUUCUCUGUGCUCUCUGGCAUUAUGUUUAAGGUAGGGAUCACCAAAAGCUGUUUAAAAAGGCAAAGACUUCUAGUACAAUAUAGCACAGUAUGUAUGUUCAGACUGUGGGAAACCUGUGUCUGUGUGGUUACAAAAAUAAACCGACUCGGCGGUGUCUGCAGAGGGUCCCUGCGGCCCCGGCAGGGUGUGGGGUGCCCCCCCUGCCCCAGGAGCCUCGGGGGGCAGGAACUGGGCAGGAACGGGGCAGCUGGCACAGCACUACACCUGCCGUGCACAACACAAAAUCUUUUGGCUGUAUAAUCCAAGAUUACUGUAACAGCUCUGAUGAAAUGAAGCAAAGUUUACAGAAUGCAUUUGAAAUGAAGGAAAAAUUACAUAGAAAAGAGGAACACACUGGAUUUAAAAUGAGGUUUUUUUACAUCUCUCCCUUAUUAAAAUACUUUAUAUAUAUUAUGUAUUUUAUAUUUUAUACAGAAUAAGACAGUUUUCUGCUACGUUGAUUUGUCUGACACUACUUCACUUUUCGACUUCUCAGUGUUCCACAGACCUGAAGGUAUAAUUCAAGCUAGGAACAAAAUAAUUGUACUUAAAUGGAAUUUUCAUGACCAGUUUUGAUAGCCUAAGAAACUAGAAAAUUUAGAGAAUUAGGCCAAGUCUUGCUUUUAGUUUUGUUUAUUUGAAAUUUUUCUUUACCUAAUUUAGGAUCAAGUUUUUAGAUGAGUGAAAGUGUCUCCUGUUUGCUGUGAAAAGCAGUGCUCUGAAAAGUGAUGAGAUUGCGUAUCACCAUUUGGUUUAAUUGUUUAGCAUUAGUGAAACCUUUCUUUUCAAUGUUGUGGAAUCAUUUGGGUACUUCCUUUGAAGAACAUUAGAGAGCACUGAAAUGAUUCUCAGAAUCACACUGCAUGUUGGGCCCCACAAACUUCACAGAAUAAGCAAAAUUACAGAGAGCCUGGUACUUUGGAACUCCAGGAUUCUUAUCCAUUUGGUCCUUCACAGGAAGUUAUUUUCCCAUUUUUUCAUGUGAUGUGGGCGAGACACUAUCCCUGUCAGUUGUCAAGAAACAGAACUUGGAUCUCCAUCCAAGUCUCUAUCUGCUUACCAGCUUUACUACCUGCUCCAGCAGUAACUGCUGGAUACUCAACGGCAUCGAGUUUCCCCUUUCUCCUUUAUGUCAAUUAUUCCAAAAUUCUCAGUAACUACAUGCAACAGAGAUUCUGCUUUGAAUAAUGGUAAUGUAGUGUCUGUCUCAUAUGGAACCAGUCCAAAUUUCAAAUAGUAUUUUUGAGUAAGUUUUUUUACUGUUUCCUAGUAAUGAUUGCGGAUUAAAAUAGUCCAAGGAAGGUACAAAAACACCACUGGAGAUUAUGCAGUAAGGCAACAAAUUACAGAUUUCACAUUUAGUCACUGAUAAUGUUAUUUCAAAUGGGGUUUUUAUGACUGUUUGCACAGGAGCAGCCCAUUAUUCCUAACAGCCAAUGGAUACAGAGUUGGGAGUACAGCUUUAAUAAGGAUUUGAAUAAACAUCUACUGAUCGCCUUCUAAUUUUCACCCAGACUAUAAUUACAAGAGGUUAUGCUGAUGCCUUUAUCAGAUCUUCCAAAAAUAAUUUUCAAUGAGCUUAUUUGGACAGUUUCCUAGUCUGUUUCUAAGAAAGAAAAAAGACAAGACAAAUUUUUUUAAAAAUAAGUAGUCUGGACCUCCACCCACCCUGACUAUAUCUGGACAGAUUUCAUAAGAAUAGACUCACUUUUUCCAAAAACUGUGUCUACAAAACGUUUUCAUCUGGGAUUGAAAGCAGUAUACAGUAAUAUCACCUUAAAUUAGACAAAAUUAAUUUGGGCUACACAAAAGAUGGCUUUAAUUUAUCCCACUAUUUUGCUCUGAUACCAUCUUUUCUGCUUUACACGUAUUUCUGUAAAUUUCACGUGUAACACAGGAGAUCAGUUUCAUUUUGCCCAUGUGUUUUCACUUUGCAUCGCUUGUUGCCGUGCUUUGCCUGCGCUCCCUGAGCUCACUGAGGCAAGCAGCGCGGACACGCAGCCGGGUCUCACCUCCCCACGGGGACUGGGCAGUUUUUCUUCCCAGAGGUUUUCAAAACCGCAGGGGAAAGGGCCCUGAGCAACCUGUGCUGAACCUGGGGGGUUGUGCUGGAGACCUCUUGAGGUCCCUUCUGACCUUCAUUGUUCUGUGCUCUAUCUUAACAUUUAGUAUAAAGUCUUAAAUUAAAAAUCACGGUACAAAUAUCUAAUGGGAAUAUGGUUUCAGAAAGUUAAAAUUGUAUUAUUUCUGGGGUGCUGAGAUCCUCCACUUGCAAAUCUUAUACUCAGAUUUAUUUCUAAUACUUUGGGUACAUAUUGUACGUUCUAAGUGCAAUGUUCACUGUUCUUUAUGCUGUACUGAACUUUAACUUCUAGCUAAGACAUGAAAGACGAGUCAAUUUAAUUGUAAAACGAAGUAAUUAUUGUUUGUGUAUAAGAUUUGUGUUACUCCUAAUUGCUAGCUUUCCCAGUCCAGCAGUUGAAAGUGUUUAUUUACUUUGCUGUCCUGCUUCGGUUCCCCUCCCUCACAGAGCGCCGUGCCCAUGGCAGGUAGCCCUGGCCAUGGAGGCCCAGGACCAGCCCGGUUUCACAGCAGCCCUGGCAGACGGACCGGUUCCAGCCUCCUCUCUCCAGCCAGCCCCCGGCCCGGGCAGCGCGGCUCCUCGGCAGGACCCGGCCCCAUCCCAGCCCCUCUACCUGAAAGCCCUCACCGUGCCCCUCUACCAGCCCCUCCAGGCCGGCUGCUGGCAGCCCAGGGGCCCGCUGGUUGCCGGCAGGAGCUGUGUCCACCUGGAGAGCAGCAACGUCCCCCUCAUCCUCAACCCGCUCCUUCCUUCUGAAGGCACGGACCAGCCCCACUCGCUCUUCCCAAAGCAGCUCGGGCAAACUCUGACACUGAACAUAGUCAGCACUUUACCGGUUCUGUCAUCACCAAAUUCUGGUGUAAAUGCAUCUACUGGAAGCCCGGGAAAAUCAAAAAAGGCUGGGAAAUACGUCUGCAAACACUGUGGACGAGAUUGUUUGAAGCCAAGUGUCCUUGAGAAACACAUUCGCUCUCACACGGGGGAGAGGCCCUUUCCGUGCACGACCUGUGGCAUCGCCUUCAAAACUCAGAGCAACUUGUACAAACACAGAAGAACCCAAACGCACGUCAACAACACCAGAGCCCCCUCCGACUCCGACAGCAGCGCCGCAUCCGAGCAAAACGAGAAAUCAACGGAGAGCAUCGCGUCACAUCAGGGCAGCAAACUGCUUGGUGGGACCAGCGAGGACAAGGGGGUGCAGGUGGAACAAGGGAGCUCAGAGACCAGCGCGGACACUAAGAGACUUCCCAAUGACCUUCCACCACCGGCAACAGGCAAUCCAUCAUGUGCUUCAGAAAAUCAAGAAACGACGAAUCCGUCCUCUAGUUCAAAGGCCAAUCAGGGGGUUCCUGAAAGAGAACCUGAAAGUUUAUCAUCUCCAGGGGCUUUGCUGAACGGUCAGUGCCAGAGAAAGAAGGUGCGGGAGCAAAGGACUCCGAGCACCAACAAGCACAUUCAGCUGCAAAGGCAGCAGGCGACCUCCUGGGACAAGCAGUGGGACGCCAAAGCGUUUGAGUGCAAGCUGAAGAAGUGUGAGAGCACCGACUCGGGGUACCUGUCCCGCUCCGACAGCGUGGAGCUGGCAUCCCCCGGCCCGCUGCAGGGGCUCUGCCCGCCCGGUGCCGAGCCGGAGAGCCAGCCCGGCCUCCGCAGCCCCGCCAAGCCAGAGCCGGCCCAGAGAGCCACAGCCUCCAUGCUGGAGAAAAAGAGGCUGGAAGAACACAUUUCAAAGCUUAUUUCUCACAACAAAAGCGUGGUGGAUGACACCCAGUUAGACAACGUCAGGCCCAGAAAAACUGUCCUGUCUAAACAGGGGAGCAUCGACCUGCCCAUGCCUUACACGUACAAAGACUCCUUCCAUUUUGACAUCAGAACCUGUGAUGGAAAUAGGAAAAAGAACCUUUCCCUUUGUUCAGCAAAAUCUACCUUUGCGCCCCUAGAAAAAUGCAAGCCCGUGUUUUUUCACUCGGUGCCCACCCAGUUCUCCACAACCAUCGACGCCGUGCCCGUCACGCGGAGCAACUCCCUGCCUGUGGCGGAGGGCAGCGGGGCGCGGGACAGAGCGGGGGGCUCCCAGACACCCUCCCUGGGGCGGCCGCCCCCCAACAUCCCCCAUGCUGCUGCUCUGCUGCCCGGCAACAACCCCCCUGCAGACUCCCUGGAUUUUCCCAGCAGCCAUCCCCGCGCUCUGGUCCGACAGGCAGCCGUGGACAGCGCGGCUGAGCAUCCCCCGCCCCCGGAGGAGCUGGGGGCUGGAGCGAGAACCGCUGCGAGGAACAAGAAACACAACCCAAGGAAGCUAAAGAUGUUCUCUCAUGAAAAAUGGCAAAUGUAUGGAGAUGAAACGUUUAAGAAAAUCUACCAAAAAAUGAAAAGCAGUCAAAGUGCCAAGAAAAUUAAACAAAGGGGGAAUAAGAUUACGGAUAUUACAAGCUUCACUCCUGAUUCAAAGGAAUCAGUCAGCAGCACUGAAAUCCCCGAGCACAGGGAUGGCAGGAGCUCUGCAAGUAACAGUCUCCCCUUCCUCCUGACAACAGGUUUAAACCUGGGUAAAUCAGAGACCUGCACUAACAGUAACCAUACGGUACAGAACCUGUGCCCCGAGGCCACUGCGGACAGUUUAACCUGCGCGAUGGAGACAUCCCAUCCAGGAAAUGCUCCAGCACAGACUGUGACGAGCAGGACUUCCCCAGAGCUUGGUGACAGUGACACAGACAAGCGCAGAGGUGACAACAGCGUGUCCCCAGCUCCCACCAGUUGUGAGCUCGGGCUCAAAAAUCCGCGGUGCCAGCUGAACGCUAGCGGCAGGAACGAUGACCGCCUGCCAGCACAGAGCAGGGAAUGGGGAAAACCAAGCCCUGGGAAGGAAUCCAGUGCAUUUGAAUCGGAGCAUAAAAGCACCUCAAACACUGAUGGGAGCCACAGCGGGAGCGAGGGGACCAGCCAGCCUGUCCCGACCCCCCCGGGGACCCACUGCAACAGCACCAGAGAAGCCGCAGGGAAAUCCCAGAAUUUACCAUCAGAGAGAAAAAAGCUGAAAUUUGAAGUGGAGAAGGCACCCAACGUUAUUGCAAAGUCCUGCCCUUGUCCCAGCACUGAAAGCCAGGUGGGAAAUGCAGCGGAGCGGGUCCGUUGCAGCAGCGCCCAGUGUGUGUCCACAGCACCCCUGAUGCUCUCCGGGAAAGCAGAGGAGCAAAAAUUAAGCACAGGAAUUAAUGAAUCCACCGGAGGUACUGGGCAGGUGGAGUACAUGAAAACAAUCAAACUCCCCACAAAAGCUCUGAAUUACGGUGAUGUUAACCCUCUUUCGCAUUCAGCAGGUAUCUCAAAAGCUUCAUUUGUGGGAUUUUUAGGGCCUGAAUUUAGGGGAAGUGAUUGCAAUUCUUCUGCCUUGCACAACGCAACAGAUACAGAUGUCAAAACAUGUCUUGUGAAAACAGGAGCAAAGGCACCAGUUUUCGGUGACAACGCUGUUGAUGUGUCUUCUAAAAUUCAUCAUCUGCAAUCUGGUCAUUUAACUCCAAUCCCACAACAAAAUGCCUUUCCUCCAAAAUAUAUCCUUACAUUGCCACAAGGCAAGAGAGCCUCAGAUCUGUCGCUUUUGCUUCAACCAGAAGAGAAGGUUCCACCUUGCACACCUGUGACACACACCUCAGCCACCCCCCCCUGCUCUGCCACCAGCAGAGUGCUCAGUUCUCAUCCUGACGACGUGGCUCGGUCCCCUGCAAAACCUGAAGUCAGACAAAAGGCCACCAGCAGAGAGCUCCAAUGGAGCACCGAUGCCAGCUGGAAAACUCCGGUGGUUUGUUCACCAGUCUGUUCAGAAACAACAAAUCCCUUAACCCCAGCAGAUAACACCUUUAAUAACCAAAACUUUAGGCAGCAGGAUAUUAUAAGAGAUGCUUGGAAAAACAAACGGAACAAAAAUGAAUUAAAUUAUCAAAGGCAAGCAGAAGAGAAGUGGAUGAGCAUAGCUGCUUCCUCUACACAGACCCCCCAGAAGAAAAUAGGCUUUCCUUCUGUGUAUACCAGUGGUUUCCUCGUAUCAGCUGAUGUCAAGGAGGAGAGGAAGGUUCUCCAUGGUCCUUGCUCGGGACGUGACUCUUUGACAGGGACAUCGGUGUCCAGUGGGGCUGUGGAGCCAGCGGUCCCGGGGUGGGACAGAGGAGGAUCUCCCUGCGUUCCCUCGGCCCCCUCCCCAGCGCUGCAGGACACGCUCCGCUCCCGGCGCGGGGCCGACAGCCCCCCGUCCUGCUCCCAUCCCUUCGGCACCCGUUACUGCCCCGUGCCCAGCACUCCCUGCAAAGCGUUCCCAACGCCAGCCCGCAGCACCCCGACCUGCUGCUCCGGGGCUUCAACAGCGCCAACCACAAAGGGCACCUUCCCAUCACUAAAUGCCGAACCCCAAUUAACCUGGUGCUGUUUAACGAGGAGCCUCCCUCUGCCAGCCCAGCAGCCGGGGGAGGCAGACUCUGCCCGCUCCCCCCUGCACCCCCGCCACGAGGCAGCCGGCAGCGAACGCACGCUGUCCAAAGACAAUAUUUCUAUUUUCAAAAUGAAGAACAUCAGCGGGACGGUGGCAUACGGCCUAACGAACAGGAGCUUAAACACAUUGGUUCCAUCCUUUUCCAAAGGACAGCAGACACAGGAGUUGAACUCAGCAGCUCCUGAUGGUGCUUUCAGAAAUACUUCAGAGCAAAGGAAGAAAACAGUAGUUUGCAAAAAGGAAAAACUGUCAACGAAUAAACUCAAAAGGAGCCACAAACAGAAAAAGAUUAAAGUCACCCCAAAAUGGUACAGAGGGAGGCUCGCACACGGACACGCUCAGUUAAAGAUGAAUGGCCUCAGCAAAUGGCACUGCUUUCCCAACAGAGCACUGGAUGCUUGGAGAAAGGGCUCUUUAUCACGACCCUGCAGAGUUAAUAAGAAGUGCCAUUCUCCUCAAUCAAAGGUACAGGAGAAUUCCCUACACCAGCAACAAGCCACAUCUCGUUCCACCUCAGACAAGCCUCCUUGCAGAAGGAAAAAAGAAGGAAAGAAUAACUCAGGAAUAUCUUCCCAUACUGAAAAUCUAAACCAUGUUAAACAAAAGCACAAAAUAGAUAAAAAGAACAUCACAGCUCCUCUGGAAAUCCCUGUGCCAGCCCAUCCCCUGUCAGCCCCCGUGAGCGCCGCCAGCAGCGAGAGGGGGAUCUGCUGCUCGGGGACACUUCAGCCAUCGCUCCCUGAGGGGUCACAGCCAAACAUCCCAAGGGACUCCAUGGCACCUGCCUGGCCUUGUCCUUCUGAUUUUACAAACACAGGCAGAGGUGACCAACCUGGCAGCACGGCCCCAGAGACUACUGAGUCCCUACACCUAGAAGGGAGCCAGGAGAACACGCUGAACGUGGAGCCAGAGGGUCAAAGGUCUGGGACCUUGGAGCCACUGACCCAGGUCUUGGGAAGGGAGAAACCUCCAGGUGAAGCAAAACCACAUCCAUCUCCAAAAGACACCUCCACGCCCAGCUCCCAGCCUGGACGUUCACAUUUAUUUGGCUCAAACACAGAGUCAGCCACAGGGGCUGAGUUACCCAGUAUGGAACACACCAAGCGGCCAAACUUCUCCCAACCAACCCUCGACCUUCAGGGAAGCACCGACGGGAAGGGAGCCCCCCGGCAGGAGAAGAGCCAUGGACAGCCCCCUGCAACGGCCACUGCUGCCUUCACACAGCCCCCAGUCACUCUCAGGUCCCCCGAGUGCGAGAUUUACUCUGCAACACCCGCCAAGACGUACAAAAAGAGAGGGUUAGAGAUGAUGAGGAAGCAAAGCAGGGUUGAGUACGAUGACACUAGCAGUGAUGACGAAGACAGGCUUGUCAUAGAAAUAUAGCACACGGGCUGCUAACGAGAUGCUCGUAUGAUGGCCCAUUACAGAAGGAAAUACCUCGGAUGUUCGACCUGUCUUUCUGAAGCACCUUAAAAUCAGAGAAGCCAUUCCUCUGUGCAAUAGGCAGCGUUCUCUUCUGAAGAGAGUCCUUUAUUUCAAGGACUCCAAGUUUUUUAAAGAAGCUUGUUUGAAGCCAAGAGGGAGCUGGGAUCACACACUGAAAUGCAAAUGGCAAACCUGUGCUCUGGAGGGUUUCCAGCAUCGGUAACAUCCUUCCCCUCUGCGCUGAUUCCCACCAGCGCUGCCAGUCGCCGCGUCACCAACAGGCUGUGGUGUCUUUAUUUCCUGCUGACAACCCUGAGCAGCAGCUUCCUCAGCACACGAGCUAAGAGCUCCUGGAAAGGUACGGGAGUCUUCUCUUCUAGACACUCCUCUUUUCUUGCAGUCACUUCCAUCCGGGCUGGGAGCGAUACCCUGGCGUUACGGGAAGAUCUGUUCCCUGUUGGAAGUGAUAUUGGAAGGGACUGGAAAAAUGCUGAUCUUUUUCCAUGUUGCACAAAUGUCAAUGCUUCUUUGUGACAAAUGACACAAGCAUGCUCUGCUUUGUGUUUUGUGCCUUUUAUGCCAAGACCUACUCAAAUAGUCUUGAUUUCCAGUUGGAGAAUAUGGAUGUUUGCUAUUGAUAUUUCCUUGUGGUAAGAUUUCUGACAAGGAUUUUCUCAUUCUAUUCAUCACAUUGUGCUCCGACCAAUAUAAUCUGGAAUGUUUCACUUUUGUUGUACUCUUAAGUUCAACUGCAAUGAUGCUAAUUUAUUGAGAGUAAAGAAGCUAUAUGGCAUAACUUGUUUUCAUUUUUUAACAAAAAGUUUUGUGCUACGAAUCCUGAAAUUUACUGGUUUCUA